GUUAGAGAAAAGCAUCUCAACUAUUCAAAUAAUUAAAGUAAAAUGAUCUCAGGAACUUAUUUGAAGCUUAGAUAAUAAUUCAUGAAAUUUUGUUAUGAAUGUUAUUUUGAAAAGAAAACUAGAACAUAUCACAUAAGAAAUUGAUAUCCCUUUCUUGAUAAUAAAAUUUGAAGGCAAAAACGAAAAGCUACUUGAUGGAUGUAAAAUGAUAAGUUCAAUAUAUUGCAAACAUAGAAGCAUUUAAUGAUAAGAAACAAAUUAUUCCGAAAAAGUUAUCAUGCUAGAUUACCAUUAUACAUCAAAGUUGACCUGAGAUAUUCUAACAAAGGAAGGUGUAAUUGAUUUAAAAAUUUAAAAAUUUUUUAAUUCUAGUCGAUUAAUUAAUCUGUUAGUUCAUCGAAAUGUAGUAUAAAAAGAAUUGUGUGAUCGUGAUUUUCAAAAAUAAUCAAAAACGAUAAAAAAAAUGCUUAAAGCUAUUGUUGUCUUAUUUUUAAUCACAUCGUUAUAGGGUUCAAAUAUUAGAAGGCACCACAAUAAUAUCAAAAACUAGGAAGGGUUGUAAUCAAUUUUAGCAGAAAAUAAACAUAACAUAAAGAAAUCAAAUGAAUAAUAAAAGGACUUAAUAGUGGACUUAGAAAACAAUGAAGAGAAUUAAGUAGAGUAAUAUGAAAAAGACAGUUUAUUAUAAAAAGUAAGCUCUAAAAAAUAAAGUAAAGAGAAGAUAAAUCAAGAAACAAUUAAAGAGGUUGAAAGAGAAGGAGUUAAAUUGAUUGAAGAAACAUAAAUAAAAGGAAAUGAAAAGAAAAAUAAAAAACAUAUAAAUGUUGAAAAAUAAAGUAAAUUAUUAUUCAUAAUUAAGAAGAUAAAAAAAAAAGCUAAACAUUAUUAGAAGAAAAUGUAAUAGCUGAUGGAAGAGGAAGAUCAAACGAAGAAUGGAUGUAGAAGAUAGCCAAUGAUGUUGCUACUAUUAAAAUGAAUAUCAAAUCGUAAAUGGAUGCUGAUCACAUUGCUUUUGUUGAAGAGAAUGUUAUUGCUGAUGGAAGAGCAAGAUCAAACGAAGAAUGGAUGUAGAAGAUUGCUAAUGAUGUUUCAACAAUUAAACAAAACAUCAAAUCCUAAUUGGAUGCUGAUCACAUUGCUUUUGUUGAAGAAAAUGUUGUUGCUGAUGGAAGAGCUAGAUCAAACGACGAAUGGAUGUAAAAGAUUGCUAAUGAUGUUGCUACUAUUAAAAUGAAUAUCAAAUCCUAAUUGGAUGCUGAUCACAUUGCUUUUGUUGAAGAGAAUGUUGUCGCUGAUGGAAGAGCUAGAUCAAACGACGAAUGGAUGUAGAAGAUUGCUAAUGAUGUUUCAACAAUUAAACAAAACAUCAAAUCCUAAUUGGAUGCUGAUCACAUUGCUUUUGUUGAAGAAAAUGUUGUUGCUGAUGGAAGAGCUAGAUCAAACGACGAAUGGAUGUAAAAGAUUGCUAAUGAUGUUGCUACUAUUAAAAUGAAUAUCAAAUCCUAAUUGGAUGCUGAUCACAUUGCUUUUGUUGAAGAGAAUGUUGUCGCUGAUGGAAGAGCUAGAUCAAACGACGAAUGGAUGUAGAAGAUUGCUAAUGAUGUUUCAACAAUUAAACAAAACAUCAAAUCCUAAUUGGAUGCUGAUCACAUUGCUUUUGUUGAAGAAAAUGUUGUUGCUGAUGGAAGAGCUAGAUCAAACGACGAAUGGAUGUAAAAGAUUGCUAAUGAUGUUGCUACUAUUAAAAUGAAUAUCAAAUCCUAAUUGGAUGCUGAUCACAUUGCUUUUGUUGAAGAGAAUGUUGUCGCUGAUGGAAGAGCUAGAUCAAACGACGAAUGGAUGUAGAAGAUUGCUAAUGAUGUUUCAACAAUUAAACAAAACAUCAAAUCCUAAUUGGAUGCUGAUCACAUUGCUUUUGUUGAAGAAAAUGUUGUUGCUGAUGGAAGAGCUAGAUCAAACGACGAAUGGAUGUAAAAGAUUGCUAAUGAUGUUGCUACUAUUAAAAUGAAUAUCAAAUCCUAAUUGGAUGCUGAUCACAUUGCUUUUGUUGAAGAGAAUGUUGUCGCUGAUGGAAGAGCUAGAUCAAACGACGAAUGGAUGUAGAAGAUUGCUAAUGAUGUUUCAACAAUUAAACAAAACAUCAAAUCCUAAUUGGAUGCUGAUCACAUUGCUUUUGUUGAAGAAAAUGUUGUUGCUGAUGGAAGAGCUAGAUCAAACGACGAAUGGAUGUAAAAGAUUGCUAAUGAUGUUGCUACUAUUAAAAUGAAUAUCAAAUCCUAAUUGGAUGCUGAUCACAUUGCUUUUGUUGAAGAGAAUGUUGUCGCUGAUGGAAGAGCUAGAUCAAACGACGAAUGGAUGUAGAAGAUUGCUAAUGAUGUUUCAACAAUUAAACAAAACAUCAAAUCCUAAUUGGAUGCUGAUCACAUUGCUUUUGUUGAAGAAAAUGUUGUUGCUGAUGGAAGAGCUAGAUCAAACGACGAAUGGAUGUAAAAGAUUGCUAAUGAUGUUGCUACUAUUAAAAUGAAUAUCAAAUCCUAAUUGGAUGCUGAUCACAUUGCUUUUGUUGAAGAGAAUGUUGUCGCUGAUGGAAGAGCUAGAUCAAACGACGAAUGGAUGUAGAAGAUUGCUAAUGAUGUUUCAACAAUUAAACAAAACAUCAAAUCCUAAUUGGAUGCUGAUCACAUUGCUUUUGUUGAAGAAAAUGUUAUUGCUGAUGGAAGAGCAAGAUCAAACGACGAAUGGAUGUAGAAGAUUGCUAAUGAUGUUUCAACAAUUAAAAUGAAUAUCAAAUCCUAAUUGGAUGCUGACCAUAUUGCUUUUGUUGAAGAGAACGUUGUUGCUGAUGGAAGAGCAAGAUCAAAUGAAGAAUGGAUGUAAAAGAUUUCUAAUGAUGUUACCACUAUCAAAAAAAACAUUGAACAUUAAAUCAAUGGUACUGAAUUUGUACAAUAAAACCAUAUUGACAGUGCUUUAGUAGAUGAAUAGCUACCAUAAACUUAAGAUUACUGGUCUUAAAAACUAAAAGAAGACAUAAAUAAGAUUAAAUAAGAUGAUUCUAAUAAAAAAUUGGAAUGAUUUAUUCAAAUAACAUUAAUAACACC